AUGUCCAGAAGAAGAAGUAGUCCAGCAGAGGGCGACACAUAUGCUACUUCCGGGUCUGUCCUCUCUCUUUCCUGUCUGCCAUUUGUCGCAUACGACUACCCUCAGUCUACAGACAUGCAGAACGACGCUGGUGAAUUCGUGGACUUGUACGUCCCUCGUAAAUGCUCUGCGAGCAACAGAAUCAUUGGAGCCAAAGACCACGCCUCCAUCCAGAUCAACAUCGCUGAGCUGGACAAAGUGACCGGUCGCUUCAAUGGCCAGUUCAAGACCUACGCCAUCUGUGGAGCCAUCCGCAGAAUGGGAGAGUCUGACGAUUCCAUCUUGAGGCUUUCUAAAAAUGAUGGCGUCAUUGCAAAAAAUUACUGA